CGGGUAGAAGGUAGUAUACAUAUAUAAAGCUCUAAAAACAGUUCAAACUAAAAAAAAGAAAUGGAAAUAUUUGAGAGAUGAAUUGAGGGGCGUGGAAGGAAGGAAAUAUAAAAUAAUCUAUAAUAAUGAAAUAUAAAUAGUUUUUUAGAUUUAUAAUUUGAUUUGGUUACAGUUCUGUAAAAAAAUCCAAUUUCGGUUUUGUUUGUACCUUUUACAGCGUUGAUUCAAGAUGGUAGAAUUCUAGGUUGUUGGGUCUGUUUAAUAACCAUACUAUUGUGAUUGAUUAGGUUAUUCAUAGAUUAUUGCUUGCACUGCAACAAACAGAAGUUUGUUAUUGACUUGGUGGAUGCAACUUGUUAAAGCUUAACAUGUGGGCUGGUGGAAUGACAAGAUGUCAAAAGUGACAAAACGUAAGAUCACAGUGGAAAGUCCAGGCAGCAAACUCAAUAACAGUAUCACACUAUCAAACAGCAUAACAAACAAGGAUUCUCAGCGGAGACAGAGUGUUUUUGAACGACUUGGCACUAAGACUGGAGCGUCUAUUUCAAUAAAUACUGCAAUAGUAGGACAACAACCAUCUUUAGUUGAAAACUUUUGCAGACAUUGGAACCAAAAUGGCACUUGUCCUUAUGGAAAAAACUGUGUUUUUGUCAAUACCCAUACAUUAAUCAGCCCGUCGAAGAGAGUACCGAAGAAAGAUCUAGAACCUAAACAGGCUCUUGAGGGGCUGAGGCUACACUCGACAGUAGUAAAGCGAGGAAGUCCGGACCUGAGUUGGGAGUCGUGGGACCAGACAGAGCUUGAGUACGAAGACGAGAAGGUACUAGAGAGACGCAGACAGCUGCUGCAGCGGGAACUGGAGCUGCAGAUGAGGCGAGAGGAGACAGAGGAACACCACACCAGACAUCGUCACACUACCACUAAACCUAAAAAGGGGCUGAGCAGUUCAUCUUCCACUUCAGUGAGUUCUACCAGUUCCGAGUCCAGCAGCAGCAGCGACGAGAGCAGUUCAGACUCCAGUUCCAGUGGGAUUGCUGGAGACAAUAGCAAGAGGAGGAGCAAGCCGAACAAGACCAAGAGAGGUUCAACAUCCUCUGUCUCUGAUACUGAACGCAACAAGAUUCGGGAAAGUAAUAAAUCCAUGCAUAAAGACAGAAGCCCAUCAAAUAUCAGCCGGAAGUCCACGAGCAGCCGGGAUAAAAGGGGGUUCACUCCUCCCAGAAAACCUGGCACGAACAUCAAGAUGACAACUCGCAAGAAGUCUCCGUCACCCAGUCACCGCAGACACAACACCCCUACAAGUUCUAGCAAGAGCAAACCAUCUACUUCUAAGUCAAGUGUGAGCUCCAGACCUGGGAGCAAGCGGUCGGUGUCAACAGAGCGCAAGGAUAAGCAUAAGAGAAGCCAGUCGCCCCCACGUCCCCGCAGCAGCAAGACUGGGGCUCCGCGCAGACCAGAGUCCAGGCCCCGCCGCUCGCCUGACACCAAGCCCCGUAACACUAGCCGCUCCAGGCUUGAGGAUAGGAAGAAAGAUGAUGAUCGUUCUAGAAGUAAGGAUGACAGACGUCAAGACAGGAAAACUGGGUCAGACAGAGACAAGCGUGACCAUGAGGAUGCUCGUGCCAGGGAGAAAGCAAGAGAAGCUCGUGAGAAGGAAAGAGAAGAAGCCUUGGAAAGAUGCAGAGAGAGACAGAGAGAACGAGAACAGUUGGCCAGGGACAAGGAGAGGACCAGAGAGCGACCAAGGGAUGACAGGGACAAGGACAAGACUAUUCCCCCACUGAUGUCUCUACCACAACAGGAUCGUAAGGCCCUGGAGAGAGACCGUGAUAGAGCCACCAAAGACAGGAAGGAUAGGGAUAAGGAAAGAGACAAGGAUAAGGACAGAGACAGGGAUAGACUUUACGAUAGGAAUGUUGAUAAGUCAGAUCGAAGUAGACCUUUGGAAAAAGAACGUUUGUCUGAGAAAAUUCCUGAACGAGACCGUAUUAGUGAUAAGGAUAGGCCACGAGAUAGAGAUAACUUGAGUGACAGAAGAGAAAAAGGUGAUAGAGACAGGAGUUUUGAAAGAGACCGCAAUUUUGAUAACAGAAACACUGGUGAUCAGAAUGAGAGAGCAUUUGACAGGGAUAAAGACAGACAACCAAAGGGUUUGGACAGAAGUAGAGACAGAGAUUUCGACAGGGAGAAAGAGAGAGGUUAUGAGAGAGUUCCAGACAACAGAAGGAGUUUUGAAAAAGUUGGAGAUCGAGAUAGAACUUCCCUGGAGAAAGAUCGGGGAAUCGUCAGAGAUAGGGGAUUGGACAGAGUUAUGGAGAUUAGGGAGAGGAAUAAGAGUAUGGAAAGAGGGAGGGUAUCAGAUGGGGAGAGGAAUACAGACAGAGGAAGGGACAGGUUUGAUCGAAGAACUCUUGCAGCAGAAGACAAGGGCUAUGAGAGUCCAUAUGACUCACGUAGAGAGCGUCCGAGGUAUGGAGGGGAUGGCCCAGAGAGACCUGCUAUGUUCAAGGAUCACAGCCCUUCCAGAGAGGACAGCCGGAGCAUGAGGAUGAAUCAAGGGUUCAGUGAUGACAGGAGGAGUCGAGGAGGAAGAGGAACCUGGGAGAGCCGGGACUGGGACUAUCCAGAUUCCAGGAGGGACUGGGACUCAAGGAACAGGCACGGAGAAUGGGAGGGCAGUGGUGUGGAAGGGGAAGCUUGGGGCGGCCGUUGGGGUGGUGGGGGUGGAGAUUGGAGAGAGGAGUGGCCACAGCAGCAGCAUCGUCCGCCCCGCCACCCGCCCAGGGAGGAACAAACGAUUGUGUCAGCCAACCAUAUCGUCGUCAGAGAUACUAGUGUUGAUGACUCAGGUGGUCGGCGCUCCCAGGCCAAAGACAUUGUUGACAAGGAUUCUGUUUCUGGUGACUUCAAGAAGGAUAACAUGGAUACUGGUAGCGUGGAUGUCAACCUCAAGCGGGGUAGAGAAGGCAGCGAAGGACCUGUGGAAGCUAAGAAGCCCAGACUAGAGGAGACAUCAGCCAUGUUGGAGGAGGCCCUCAGUGACAUUAGCGAUGAUCCUGAUGAAAUUCUCAACAGAGAAGACAUUGACAUGACACCUCAGGACAGUGCUGCGGUGGAGGAAGAUGUGUCAGUCCAGCCCUCGGCUCCUGAUUUAGACCAGAGAUUGUUAGAAGACAGACCAAGUGAGGAAGAAAAUAUAGACAACUUGGACUUUGAAGAGAUAUCUGAUGAAGAAUUAGAAGAAGAAGCAAGGGCCAAUAAAGGCCUGGGUGAUGCCCUGGGGGUGGACUGGGCCAGUCUUGUGGCAGAGUCUAGACCACGAGUGGUGGAAGCUGGGCCAGGGGCGGCAAGGCGAAGGUGGCAGCCGGAGAACAUACUGGCAAGGAUUGGAGUCUCCAUGGAAUAUGCAGGUGUUGAUCUCUUCAAUGAGAUACACAAUAAACUCACAGAGAAGAAAGAAGGUGAGGAUGAGAAGGGAAAGAUUGGACUGCUUCAUCCUGUAGCAUCACUGCAUGUGACACUGCGUGACAAACAGGCUCGGCGGCGCUGUCUCUUCUCUGGUGCUGACACAUUCAAACGUGCCCUUUCGGCUCGGGCAGACCUUGCUAUCAGGCGACAACUGUGCAACCUGCCUGUAGCCAGUCUGGAAAUGCAACAGGCCUCUGGCUUCUGUCAGUGGGUCGUUUAACUCUCUGAGGCUUCUUAUAAACAAAAGAACACUGGUGUUGAAGAUUGAUAAGAAUUGUAAACUGUUCGUCUGUGAUUGUGAAUCUGUUUCCUGGUCAUAAACCUGCAAUUUCUCCAAGAACAUGUGGUUGUGAGCUGAUUUAUUAAGAUUAAAAAAUGAUUAUGAGCUACCUUCUUUCUUUUAUUAUUUUGAUUGUUAAUUGAACAUACGAGCUUGAUUCAACUACUGCCCAUCCUAUAAUAAGGGAUUCAUUUUACGAUUAAAUGUAACCACAAACAGUUCAGGAAUAUUGCUGACAGUUUUUAUAAAUUUUGUAAGGUAUGUUAUGUCUAUACCUUAAAUAAAUACUUUUUUAUAAUUUUCUGGAAACAAAUUUAGUGAUAUUUAAAAAAAAUGAAUUUAUUUUUUCUUACUUUGUAAGUAUUAUCAUUUAUCUCAUAAUUCAAGCAGUAUGUAAGAAACUCUUUUUAAAGAUUUUAGUUUCUUUAUUAACAUUUAAGAAAUUUAAGUGAUCAAUCUUUCAGCUGAAGGAAGAAGUUAUUACAAUACAUACCUUCAAUGCUUGGAACAGAUGUAUUUUAUUCAGGAACCUUAUCGUAAUUGACUCUGUCAACUUAAAUGUAUAUAGUGUAAAUAUAUUAUCAUAGUUAUGUUUUAUUAUUAAGUAUAAAUCUUUGUUAUUACAUUAGAUUGUAAAGUGAAAUAAACAUAUAUUAGAUGAACUUUUGUUCAACUGUAGUUUAUUGUUUUACUUAUUUAACAAUGACAUGUUGCCAAGAAUAAAUUUUAAUAGUAGUAAUAUUUUACUCGCCUUCAA